AGUUGCUUUGUACGUGCAAAACAGCAUUUGAGGAGAGAAGUUUCAGCGACGACACGCACGCUGCACAACUCACCCUGAGGCCGCAGGAAUACUGGAAGGAGUCAGAGAAGAGGUGGGUGUUCCCUGCGCCGUGUGUGUGUGUGUCUGUGAUCCUCUUGCUGUUGUUUUCUAUUUCUCUCCCUCUCUCGUUUACCACUCUCCAUGUCGAAGUCUCCGGCGCCGACAACCCUGCCGGCCAUAGGUCGUGGCAGCAGUAACAGCACUGCUACGGCGGGUGCCGCCGCAUCCAUAGCGGGCGAGGGCACCCCUUCGCUCGACUACGUUGCCCUCUACCGCCAGUACUGCACUGAGGAAGGCUGCAAGGCAAAUUCCGCCUUUGUCCGCUAUAUACAAGACCGCGACGGGCACUUCAGCCUGGAGCGGCUAAAUCUGGGUCACAACUAUCUCGGCUCGAAAGGGCUGCGGCCCGUCCUCCGCAUGAUCGACCUGUGUCAGACCAUCGUCUCGGUUAACUUGGAAGACAACGGAAUCGGCAACGAUGCGGUGGCAGAAUUGUGCGAAGUGCUUGAGCGGCACGUCAGCAUCGCGACGUUGAACCUGCGCCGCAAUCCCAUAUCGGUCGUCGGCGGGAAGCGGCUGCUGCAACUCGCCGAGGCGAACCCGCGCAUCACGGAAAUCUUAACCGACGGCACCGACAUCUUUGGCGGCCUGCAAGAACGAAUUCGUAUGGCCCUGCAGCACAACGUGGCGGUCGCGCAGGGGACCGGGCUGCAGAUGGAAGCGAACAAAGAGAAGCCGGGAGAAGCGCCUGAUCCAACAAAGCGCAGAGUCAGCCCUAACAAGAGCAGCAGGGCCAACCAGUCCGGUGUGGGUGUGCCGAAGAUGCCGACACGAGUCAAAGUCCCGGCAGCCGCCACGAUGCCCCCGCCCAAUACGUCGCUGCAGCUCAUCCACUCCCUCAGCGGACCGCUGAGCAGCGCGGCAGUGGCCCCGGCGCACGGACGGAAGCUCGCCGCGGCGGCGGACGGGGCGGCGCUGAAGGACGCCUCAGCGGCCCCCACGACUGCCACCACACCCAUGACAUCACCGUCGUCUGCGUCUAUGGAGCGACUUGGCUGGCAGGAGGCGGCGCUCGGCAGGACGCAGCCCCGCCCACCCCCACCGGCGGUCGCCUCGCACACGACGAAGGCGCUCCCCGUGAACAAAGUUGUGGAUCUGAAGGCGCUCUUCGCGGAGCGGGCGCGGCUGCACACGGAGGUGAACCGCGGAGAGGCGAGCCGGCGCGCCUACGCCGUGCGGGAGGAGCUGCAGGCCCUGGAGCGGCACGGCCGGCCCGUGGUGGACGCAGACACUGAUGUCGCUGCCGCUGCGGGGAAGUCGGUGGGGGUCUAUCAGACGUACCCGGGGGCUUCUCCGUACUCCCACCCGAGCAGCGCCGCCGCGGCGGUGACCGCGACAAUUCCGCUGCUGCCGCCGCUGCAGGACGAUGAAGGCGCCAGCGUCAAGCGAAGCAACAAGAGUACGCCCAACAGGGACAACGCGGAGCGGCCGUCGCCGACGUCUCCCGUGCCGAUGCACGCCAGCAGCGACGAGCCGGUGGGAGCUGUGCAGCAGAACUCGGGUGUAGCCGUGACGACAGCCUUGGACCCCACAGACAAGAGAGCAUCCGCUGUUGCGGCAGCAGCAGCAGAUAGCAACAAAUGUGCGGUGCAGGCGCUCUCGUCUUCCGCGCAGCCAGGCACCGUCGUUUCGAACCCCCGCCCCCUCGCGCACACCGUUGAGGAUGUGCUGAGUCCCUCCCGCAUGAUGCUGCUGACGACGGAGGAGCAGUUCACCGUCCUCUUCGAUCAGGGGUGCCGCGAGUACGCGAACCGAAAUUUGGACGCAGCGUACAUGGCGUGGAAUGAGGCGAUGCGGCUGGCGGUGAGUGAGGGUCAGCGGGAGUGGAUGGCGGUCGUAGCGAGCAACUUGCAGCGGCUCAGCUACGAGCUUCUCGUGGAGGAGGGCGCGAGCCACCUCGAGCACGGCGAGCUGGAGAAGGCGGCCGAGACGUUCAACUUAGCGCUGGAGGUGGCGGUGAAGGCGAAAAACGCCGUGUGGGAGCGCGACAUGCGGCUGGCAAAGCAAAACGUGCAGAAGGCCCUCUUCCACCGCUGCCACGAAGCCGCGCUGCUUCUCUUUAGCCGCGCGCAGGAAGACGCCCGCGGUCACGUCGUCAGCGGCACGGCCGAGGAUAAAGCCAACGAAGUGACGGAGGACGACUACUUUGUGCUACCGGGAACCGAGGAGAUGGUGCGCCACACGCCGGCCUUCGUGCGGGAGUGGUCGUGCUUGCUGCUGUUGAAGGAGGCGAUUGGGCUGUGGGGGGAGGGCACGCGUGUGGUGUCGCGGCUCAGCGAAGUAGCGGCCGCACCGCUGCGGGAGAACAUCACCGAGGCGCUGAACCUCGUCGCCAGCUUCAUUGUGCAGCGCCACUUUAACAACACGACGCCGACCGGCUUGCUCUGGUUCAACACGGACGGCUAUCUUUAUCACGAGUGUGUGCUGCUCAGCGAUCUCUGGUACGACCUCGUCGCAGACAGCGAGCAGAGCCUGCACCAUCCGCUGCUGGGUGCGGUGUGCGCCGCGCUGCUCGGCGAGCUCUACGUCGCAACCUUCCAACUCCCCCAGGCCCUCGUGCAGCUCGAUAAGCUGGUGCGCUACGGCAGGACGCACAGGUCUCCUGUGCUGGAGGCGGCGGGCCUGACGCUGUGCGGGCGGGUGCACUUACAACGCGCCAACCACGCCCUGGCCGAGGCCGCGCUAGAGGCCGCGCUGGAGCUGUGGGCGUCGGUGCAGAGCGAUCCUGUGGUGAAGCGGCUGAUCGGCGAGCCGAACGUGACGUAUGACAUCGCCGCGCCGAUGGACACCUCCGCCGUGACGGCCGAGAUGACGGCGACGACGACAACGGCGCCGAACGCGAGCACGGCGGCCGCCCCCACUCCAGGCGGCGGCGACGCGUUCACUUUGGCUGGCGGCCCCAACGCGGAGGGCGGGCACAGCGGCAGUUUGUGCUUCCGCGUCGAGGCGCACCUGCCGCCGGACGCGAUUUCCGUCCUCGCCAGCGCCUGCCGGCAGUACAAAGUGCGCCUGCUGCUGCAGACGUACCGCUAUCGGGAUGCCCUCGAGACGCUCGAGUACGGCCUGAACGUGGCCUACAGCGACACGCUGCAGGAGAAGCUGGGCCGCAACUACCACCUGAACCCUUCCCUGGAUGAGAUCGCCGCGAUUGCGGGCGUGCUGCGGACUUCGAUGGUGUACUACACGCUGACCUCCCGCUACGACUGGGCCGCCACGCAGAACGCCUAUCAGGUCGAGGAGUCUCUCUGCAUGUGGGUGCUGGCGGAGUCGCGGGAGAUGCGCUUCGUCGAGGUGAACCUGACCAACGAUUUUAAGUGCUCCAUGCAGGAGCUGCUGAGCUCGCUGCGGCAGCGCCUCUGCGUGGAGCCGGAGAUGGCGCUGCAGAGCGAGAUCGUCACCGAGUUGCCGAGCCGCAGCUGGCAGGAGCCGCUGCGCGUGCUCUACCAGGCGUGCAUUCACCCCAUCAUCGGCUAUUUGCGGGCGGCCGAUCCGCAGCUGCUCUUCGGCGAUGGCGUCAUUACCGUGGUGCCCACCGGGCUGCUGUGGCUGGUGCCCUUUCACGCGUUGCUGAACGUCAAGGCGGGGGACCGCUACCUCGUCGAGGAGGUCGCGAUUCAGCUCGCCUUCUCCGCCACGCAGGCGGCGUUUGCCUCGCUGAGUGCGGAGCGCGUGCAGCAGCGCGAUCUCCACCGCGAGGUGGUGGCGGUGCAGACGGACACCGACCACGGCAUGGCGGACUCGAUGUUUUACAGCGCGUUCCCCUUCAACGCGGACCGCUCCACUCGCGAGGGCGAGGUGGUUGCGACGGUGCUGCGCGCGGGCCAGGCGCAGGUGGCGGAGCGGCAGCUGAAGAGGGCGUCGGCUGCUGCUGCCGCGUCUUCCUCUGCGUCGGUCGCGUCUUCCAUGGGGCAUGGGGUGGCGGUCUUUACGCACAAGGUGGAGGUGGUGGAGAACGUGGAGGCGCUGCGGGCGGUGCUGCCGCGGGCCCGCACGCUGCACAUCGCCACGGCGACCACCGCCGGCCCACCGCUGUCGCUCCUCACAGGCGGAGGCACCGGUGGGGCACCCGUACAGCAUCUGCUACCGCUGAUUGAAGAGCGUCGCGGCCGGCAGCGGGUGGAGGACGAGGGCGGUUUGUUGAUGAGCGCCGGGUCCCCCAUGGGGGACACCGGCAUCGUGCGCGCCGCCGAAAUCGCCCACAUGGAGCUCUUCGCCGAGCACGUUAUCCUGACAAACACGAACAUGUCACGCGACCAUGUCCGCGGGAUUCGCGAUGACGUGUUGGGGCUCGUGCGCAGCUUCUUCGGCAGCGGUGUGCCGUGCGUGAUUGCCGGGCAGUGGUGUACGCCGGACAUGGAGCCGAUGGAACUGUUCCAGCGCUUCUACACGCUGUGGUGCCGCCCGCCGACCGCCUCCUCGGAGGGGUCGCUGCGCACCAUGACGCAAACCACGACACCGUCCGGCCGGCACGGCAGCGAGAGCGGGGUGUCUGAGUCCGCCAGCGAGGCCGUGUCGGCGCGUGCGGAGUCCCUCAACGUUGGUAGCUCGCUCGCCGUACAGGCAUCGCCGCGCUCCUUGCGGACCCCCACCAGCAACAACAAUACCGCCUCCGACUAUGAGGCGGUAAAUGGGGAGGGGGGAGGGGAGGAGGACGAGGGGGAGGUGCUGCGACACCGUGCGCUGCUGCUGGCGCGGUCGAUACGCCGCCUGCUGACCGAGGAGCCGGCGACGCGCUAUCGGCCACGUGUGUGGGCCGGCUACUACUGCAUGGGUACGGGAUGGUAA